UUCCUUUCUACUCACGACUCCAGUGGAUUCGCACUGACCGACCGUUCACGGCGUUCAGUUCAGUCUAGAACGUAGUCGUCUCCAGACAGUUCCUUCCACUCUUAAUUACGUACCAGUGCAAUCAGGACGUAUAAAAUUGCGUUAAUAUCAGAAAGAUCCCUCUGAAAAUAAGGGUAAGACCAAAGAAAACAUAAAAAAAAGAACUGUUGACAUGACUACCUACAAGAGUGACCAAUAAAACACGAUGUCCCUUGAAAAACCAGGAGGAGGAGGAGGAGGAGGAGGAGGAGGAGGAACGCCUUCGAUGGAAAUUUCGUCAGACGAGUCGACGAUUUUAUUUAAGAAAUACGGAAGUUACUCCACAAUCAAUGGAGACGCCGAGAGCCCAGCGGCCUCUGCCGAAUCAGCCAACGAAUGGACAGCCUCAGAAAAUGGGACGGAGGGUCGCGCCCACAAGGGCCUCAGUAUGAUGAUGGGCGCCAUGUUCCUGGUUGGGGAAAUGGCAGGGGCAGGAGUGCUCAAUCUACCCAAAGCUAUCGCCAAUACAGGAUGGACAGGUGUGCCAAUGCUGGGAGUCCUGUGCGCGAUGGUAGGGUAUGCAGGAACGCGACUGGCCCAGUGCUGGGUGAUGCUGGAAGAGCGGUGGCCCGAAUACAGGGUACCCUGCCGGAGACCCUACCCGGCAAUUGCUUACCGGGCACUUGGCAAAUUUGGACAGUACAUCACGGAAGUUGCCUUGAACGUAACUCUUUUCGGGGCUGCAACUGUCUUCCUCUUGGUGACGACUCAGAUGGUCCACCAGCUUUUGUUACCGUUUGAGACGAAGGUCACCCCCUGCGAGUGGAUUCUCAUCAUGGGAGGCCUCCUCAUCUUUCCUACAUGGCUUGGCAGCCCUAAGGAUAUGUGGCCUGUGUCAAUAUUGGCUAUGCUCUGCACAAUCGUCGCCUGUCUGGUAGUUAUGACAGAGGUCGUCCUUGAGCGCCAGACCCACCCUCCACCAGAGUAUUCAGCGCCCUCCUUCAGCACCUUCUUCCUGGGAUUUGGGUCUAUUCUCUUCGCUCUAGGAGGUGCUUCACUCUUCCCAACGGUUCAGAACGACAUGAAAAAUAGGUCCGAGUUUGGGUCCAGUGUCAUCAUCACUUUUCUAGUUCUACUGUCACUGUACUGGCCAAUGACCGUCAUCUGCUACGGGACCCUUGGGGACGCCGUGGAGGACAACAUACUCAUGUCCGUCAGCGGGGUGGCUGUGACCAUCACCCAGGCACUCAUCCUGGGACACUUCAUCUUCGCCGCCAUCAUCGUUAUCAACCCCGUCAUGCAGACCAUCGAGGGAAUUCUCUAUGUACCCAACAGAUUUUGUGUAGGACGCUGCAUUAUCCGGAGUCUCGUCAUGUGCGUCGUGAUGCUGCUGGCUAUGGCGGUCCCCACAUUUGGGAAGAUCCUGGAUCUCAUCGGAGGCUCUACGGUCACGCUGCUCUCCUUCGUCAUGCCUCCGGUGUGCUACUUCAAGCUGUGCACUGCCAGUAAUCCCACAAAUGGCCUGCCUUACAGAGUGCUGAGCCCGAAGGAGAGAAGUCUUCUCUUCUUUAUAGCAACUAUAGGCGUCGUUGGCGGCGUAGCUUCCUCCUUCAGCGCCCUCAGGGAGAUCCUGUCUCCUGAAGCCUUCGGCGGCACCUGCUUCUCCAAGGGCACCUUCCUGUAGCGGGUGAUUCAUUGGGCUUCUAAAGGGCUAGAGAAGGGAGAAGGGGAGACUCCAACUUCCCCUUAUUUCCAUUCUGAAUAAACACGUGAAGUGUCUUGACGGAUGGAACCGCUUCUAAUCAAUAUAAAUAAUGGAAGGCUGAUGAAGAGGAGGAAGUCUUGGACAAAUAUAUUAUUCGCCUUAAGCUAAAUCUGUGAAAAAAAUGGUAUGUAUAUUUCAGCAGUAAAAUACAUUGAAGA